UCCCUCUCACAGUUACUACUAUUGGGCAAGGAAUACCAAAUUGAUAUUUUUUUUGCUCAGACAUGGACUGACAGCCGUCUUCGUUUCAACAGCACUAUGAAAAAAAGUCUCACUCUCAACAGCAAUAUGGUUGGGUUAAUUUGGAUCCCAGAUACUAUUUUUAGGAAUUCUAAAACUGCAGAAGCUCACUGGAUUACUACACCCAAUCAGCUCCUAAGAAUAUGGAAUGAUGGGAAAAUCUUGUAUACUUUAAGGCUCACCAUCAAUGCUGAAUGCCAGCUGCAGCUACAUAAUUUUCCCAUGGAUAAACAUUCAUGCCCGCUGAUAUUCUCCAGCUGUAAGUAA